UGUUUUUAGAAUUGCAUUGGAUUUGAGACUUAUGCUAAGGAGUGCCAAAAAUUAAAAGGAACAGAUAAUAAAGAUGAUUUAAAUACUUCCUCAAACUAUAUUGCAAUUAAAGGACCAUGUAAAAAAUCCGCUUGGGCUAAUCAAUGUGAACCUAAAAAGAAUUCAUGUUCUGCAUAGAGUGGAACAAGUCUAUCUAAUUGUGUUAAUACAUUCAUAACAUACGAAAUGGAUAAGGUUUCCUUUAAAAAGCAUCGUACUUGGUAAUGUAUGGGGAUUAAAAAUGUGAAGAUCUAUCUGUAAUUAUCAACACUCAUAAAUAAUGCAAUGAUUUUGAUAAAGGGUGUA